AUGAACAAUGAAACAACUAAAAUCGUUUUCAUAUCUGGUUGUGGAGGUGGUUAUGAUUUAUUCGGUGGUUUACCAUAUUAUUUUAAAAUAAAAUCUUCUAAUAAUUAUGAAACAACACUUAUUAACUAUACUUUCACUACACGUGAACUUUUAUCUAAAUAUAGUAAACAAUUAACAACACUUCUUUAUUGUGUUUCUCCAACAAAAGAUAUAUCAUGGUUGACUGAUAAUACUUAUUUUCCUGAACAACGUUUAGCAAAUGAAAUUCAAGUACCUAUUUAUGCAAUUCUAUGUAAUUAUGAUGAAACUCGUAUUGAGUUAAUCAUCGAAGCUUACAGAUAUUUGAUAGACGGACGGACUAUUGAUGAAAUUAUUUUAAUUGAUGGUGGUUCAGAUAUUUUAUUAACAGGCAAUGAACAACAAUUAGGAACCCCGGAUGAAGAUAUGUCACAUGCUCGUGCAAUUCAACUAUUGUCUUCGAAUGAAGUUAAAUCAAAAUACAUUGCAGUCAUUGGUACUAAUAUUGAUUGUGGUCAUGGUGUUAUCCAAUCUGAUAUUGAUGCACGUUUAAAUGAUCUUUCUUUAAAAGCUACCUUUACAUGGUUGUGGCAAUAUGAACAUGAUGAAGAUAUUCGUCGGUAUGUUGAUAUUGUAGCUGGUUGUUGUCCUCGUCAUACAAUUGUUCAUAGUCUUAUAUGUGCUGCAUUACAAGGUCAUAGAGGAUAUUAUUUACCAGAACAUUUACGUGGUCGUAUUAGUAAAUCAAUUGUUCCGCUUACUGAAGCAACAUGUACUUCAACUGGGUAUUAUUUAGAGGAUGUUAUGUCUGAUAAUGUUUACUUAAAAGAAUUAAAACCUGAAAUGAACUUACACCAGGUGCAUGAUACUAUUUACAAGAAUAAAAAUCAAUCUCAACAAAUUAUUUGUAGUUCUAUUGAACCAACAAAAUCUUCUCGUAGUAUAAAACAUUUAAAAUGUUUAAUAAUGUAA